AUGAGCGGAGAAGAUCUCCAGGCCUUAGCACUAGUACAGUUGUGCAAGCUCUUGUUUGCAGAUGAAAAAUUGUUCGGCACUUUCCCGCGCAACUUAGAGAUGUUGGGCCUUCGGUAUGCUUUGGACCUCGGUAGGGCGUUCGAUCUGCAAGAUAGCAAACGCUCGGUAAUACCUAGGGCACCGGUGUGGUACCGGCCGAAGGUUCUCCGAUGCUUAAGUAAGUACGGAUUUGGUAAGAUUGAACUACAGAUCAAUAGGCAGUAUGUCAGUUUCGAUGUGGGACUGUGGACUUCAAUUGUGGGACUGUCACGUGUCCCUAGGGGUGAAGUUGCCCUAAUCGGGUGA